GGCACUUUUAUUUAGUUCCUUAUCAAUUUCUUCCAUCAAUGGACAACCACGUGGAUUCAAUUUGACGUUUCGAAGUUUCGAGGGUAUGGCAGUUGAUCUGGGAUUUGUAGAGAAAUGCGAGAACUGGCAACUCGAAAGCAGAUUCUUUCCCAGUAAAGCAGGCGGCAAGCCUGCUUGGCUCGAUCUGAAAAAUAUUCCCGGCAAAGGCGACUUGGAAUGCGAGUACUGCGGUGAUCCCUGUGUGUUUCUCUGUCAAAUCUAUGCACCGUAUGAAGAAGAUUCCAAUGCAUUUCACAGAACUAUCUAUAUCUUUGUGUGUAAGAACGCAGAUUGUUGUAAACCGAAUCAGAAUGGGAAUCUAAAGGUCUUCCGAUCACAGCUAAAUAGAAUAAAUAAUUUUUAUCCAGCUGAACCACCUGUGGAACAGAAGGACUGGAGAACGGAUAUUGAUGUAUCUCAGUGGACAAAAACAUGUCGCAUAUGUGGAAUUUUAGCGCCUAAUCACUGUGGCAAAUGUAAAGUGAUCAAUUAUUGUUCCCGUGUUCAUCAAGUAUAUGACUGGAAAAAUGGACAUAAAGAUGUAUGUGGUACUGAAGCAAAAAAUGACAAUAGUUUUCUGUUUUCUGAAUACGAAAUCGUGAUGGAAACCGACAACACUACAAUAGAAAAUGACCAAAAUGAACCUAAUAGCGAAGAGAAGGAAAUUGAAAAAUAUAAUUCAAUAAUACAGGAUGGCAAAGCUGGAACAUUUCAGAAUGAAGAUGUUAAUGAUGAUUUAUUACAAAUGGCUAACGAUGAAAAGAAUGAAACAUUUGCAGAAUUUCGUCUAAAAAUAGAUAAUUAUCCAGAUCAGAUUUUGAGAUAUGAUAGAGGAGGAAAAGUUUUAUAUAUUUCAUCACACAGUCAGAUAACAGAUGUACCAAAAUGUCCAGAAUGCAAUGGCAAUAGACAGUUUGAAUUUCAAAUAAUGCCGCAACUAUUAAAUUUUCUUGACUUAAAAGAUGUUAUCAAGAACCUUGAUUGGGGAAUAUUGGCCAUUUUCACAUGUAAACAAUCUUGCAUACCUAAGAAUAAAUAUAUAAAAGAAUAUAUAUGGAAGCAAGACAUUGUACAGGAAGAAAGUGAAUUGAGAAUAAAUCAAACAGAGAAAAUGUAAAAAAAAGAUUAUAUCAAUAAAAACUUUUCAGGUUACAAUUAACAAUCUGGAUUAAUAUUAAAAUCAAAUCUUAAAUUAAUAUUAAAUGCAAGAGAAAUACGUGCGUAAACGCAUAUUGCAUAUAAAAAAUAAAAAUAAAAUAAUAUAAAA